AUGGCUGGAGAGGGAGAACGAACAGCCGGUCAGCGCGUGAAAAUCGUCCGACUGCAGCAAAAACUGCGGGAAGUGACAGACAGAAACGAAUCCCUGGAGCUGCAAGUGAAUAUCCUCCGCAGGCGCCUCAGCGAGCAGGAAGAGCCACGUGCAACCUCGCCCAGACGCCCGGCUACUUCGCUGACAAACGCGGACAGACAGAGGAGAAGGGUCACCAAGCAGGUGGAACAGAUGCGUGCGGAAAUACUGUCUCUACAGGCGGAGAACCUGCAACUCAAGGCUCAGGCUCUGACUGAGAAUAAAAAUUCGUUGGCAGCCAUUGGGAAGGCCAAGGUGUUGCAUGCAGCAGAAACCCGCGCUCGGGAGCUGCAAAAUCGGUGUGAGCGUCAGGCCGAGGAACUGGAGAGUCUUCGUCGAAAGCUUGUGUCUGCAGAGACUUCCGCAAGUGAGGAGAAGCAGGCACGUAACGAGCAGUCCAACUCAGUGACCACCCAGCUGACGGAAUAUCGAACGGCUCUGGACGCAGCCAGGAAGACCGAAAAGCAGGCAAGCAAAUUUGCCAUUCAUUGGGUUGGCGAUGGUUCAGCGCGAACAAGCAGUGUGUGUGUCAAAACUGGCGCCAACGCCCUGCGUGUUCUGUUGGGCCACGCGAUGUCAUUCCAUUCUUUAAUGUCAACACUGCAUCCGUCUUCACAGAAGCACUUACAAUUAACACACUCUUUUAUCCCGCUGUCUCUUUAA